AUGGGUGAUGGUGAGUUUUUUUUUGAAUUUGAACAGUUUCCAGAAAAUUGUUAUGAAAACUCAUGAAUUCUGAAUUUUCCUGUUCGAUUUCCAAACUUAUGUUUGGAGUAGACUUAACGCAAAAAUGCAGAAAAUUCAAAUUUUAUUCUGAAAAUUCAACGUUUAUUUGCGCUUUUUUUUAAACUACGGUAGCUCGCAAAGUACGUAUUUUGAAAAAUUGAGGUCUUCACGCAAAAAUGCAGAAAAUAUUUUUCAUCUUCCCAAACUUGAAAAUUAUUCCAGAAACACGUUUCGCAAAUCUCACUUCAGAAGAACGAAAAUGGCUUGAAAUUGGAGAAUGUAUUUGUGAAUUCAACACGCAAAAUUUUCCGCGUUGCGACAAAUCAUAUUUAGAUGUUUCGCGUCGCGGCGAAGUUAUUCUAAUGAAUAUGAUUCGUGGAUUGAGUUAUAUUCAAAAGAAUUUGGGUGUGGAAUUGGCGAAAGGCACGAUUUUUGAGAAAAUUCCAGAAUUAACGAGUGUUUUGAGUGGAAUUACUACAUAUACAAUUGGAUUGAAAAUUGAGGAAAUGGAAGUGAAAAAUGGAAAAAGACAGGUUAGACUGAAAAAUAUUCAAAAACAAAACAUUUACUUGAGAGUUGAAACUAUUUUUUAAAAAGUUCGAAAAAAAUUUCAAAAACUUUAUUUUCCACAGAAAAAUCAAAAUAUCUCGCCACGAAAAUUUUUAGAUGGAGAAAAGUUCAAAAUUGAAAUUUCGCUGCAAAAAAUCCUCAAAAUCUCAAAUUUUUUUCAUUCCAGGCAGCCAAAGAAUAUUGGACGCAGCGAAAUAAUAUUCGAAAACGAAGAGCCGCCGAAAAAUUGUUGACCGAAGAAUAUUUGACUGCUCCGAGCACAAGUAAUGCUCAUUUUUAUCAAGAUGAAGAACAAGUUGUUCUUGAAAAUCAAGAAGAAGAAGAAGAAGAAGAAGAAGAAGCUGUAGUGGAAAAUGAAGAGUCAGGAGACAUUGAAGAGAAUAAUGAAAUACUUUUGAAUGUUAAAGAAGAGGAGGGCGAAUUAUUUAAUAUUGAACAUCAAAUUAUGAUUGAACCUGGCAGGUGAGAUUUUGAAUUCGGAGGGGAAAAAGGGAACAAUCCGGCUCUAAAUCCACGAAUUUUUUCUACAUGACAAAAAUCCAUUGUCCGAUGAGGAAAAAGAAAACCAUUUAAAAAUAUCGGAAGCUUUAUUGUACAUAAGAAUUAUACAUAUUUUACAAGAUCUAAUACGAAUUAUUUCAAAAAUCAAAAAAGGAGAAAGAACAUAAAUAAAUAAUUACAGAAAAAUAAAACAACUAGAACAAUCAUGAAAUUGUUGUGAAUUGUAUAUUUUUCAAUCAAUUGCUUGCUUCGAAUUCCGUCUUUUUCUAUCCUUUUCUUCAAAAAUGCUAUUUCCCUUUUGUUGCUCUUAUCUGAAUAUUCCUGAUCGAGUUCCAAUUUCUGAUUGGCUUCUUCCAGUUCUUCUAUUUUCUCUUCUUUUUCUCUCAAUUCCUCUUCUUUUUCUUUCAAUUCCAUUUGCAAUCUUUCCGCUCGUUUUUGAUAAUAUAUCUGAAAAAACGACAUUUUCUAAUUACUACAAAUCUUGAAACUUACAUUUUUCAAAUUGUUUUCUGGAAUUGAAACCGAAUCCAUAAUGUGAGUAUCAGUAAAUAAUAAAGAAUCAGUAUUUCGAGCUAUAAAUAAUGUUGCAAAAAAUAUAUUUUAGAACAUUGAAAAAAAAUUCACGAGCGGAAAAAUAACUGGUCAAGAAAAUAGAGUAGAUCAAAAUUUGGUAAAGAUCAAGUCGAAAAAAAAUAUUUUUUAUUUUUUGAGUGGAAAAAAUGCCGAAAAAUAGGAAAACAAAUUUUAUUAAUUAUUUUCGACUUGAAUAAAUUAUUUCAAAGCGAAAUUUCAAGUCUACAAAGUUUUAAUUUUCCACGUGGCAAUCUUCUAAUUUGUGAAAAACAUUGAUUUUUUCUUAAUUUUAAGACAACAUCAAAUUUUUUUCUGUAAAAUAAUUUGCUCAACAAAUCCAAACUUCAAAAUUCAAAUUUUUGCAGCGAUGAAACCAUCAUAUCAUCGGAUCAAUAUUUGUUGAUCUCAACAAUUCUUCAAUAUCCACGUGUCAUUUUUUGUUGGGGCGAUUUUUUGCGCGACAAUUCGGAAUGCAAACAAUUUGAUGGAGAAUUUCAGAGACAAGCGUUGAUUUUUUUGGAAACAACUGGAUUAGUGACAUUGACAAAACAGGAGACAUUAGACAAAUUGGAAAUGACUUCGAUUUUUGUCAAAGAAACGGUAAGUUUCGGAAGGGUUAUGACGUGGCAAUUUUUUUUUGUUGGAAAAUUCAGAGUACUUGUCGGUGGGUGAAAAAGAUUAAAACAUUUUGAACAAAAAUUUACGAAUUCGGAAAUGUCAAAACUUUUUUUGCAAUUUUUUUUUCGCUGCGGGAAUUUUUUUUUAAUUUAAUUUAAUUUUAAUUUAUUUACGACAUUGGAAGAACACCGUCAGAAAGAAGAAGACAAAUUACAAAUGUAAUUUCAAAAACGUAGAUAAUUAUAUGACACAGUUUGUUGCUGACUAUAAAUGUUAGCUUGAGCAAAAAUUAGAAAAUAGAAGAAAAAAAAAAGUGAGAUCAUGCGAAAAGGUAGUAGAGAUUUUAAAAUAAAAAAGGAAGGGGGGGGGGGGUGUGCACAACAUGCCAAACAGCAAUCGGUGAGAGUGAAAGAGACGAAAAGAUAUUGAAAUCGCGCGUGAUCUACAGCGAUUUACAUUUGUGGGUCUAGGAUUUGUGAAAUUUAGAAAUAGACUUCAGCUUGACUUUUGAGAAUUCAUUCUUGAACUUUCAGUGUGCCAAGCGACUAAAAGUCAUCCUCAAUUGUUUUCGAAACAAAAUAUGUUUAGCAACGGCAAUUUCAAAAAUUAUGGAUUUUCAGACCCACAAAUUUUUAAUGUACCUUUGAUCUAUUUUUCUCUAAGUCUUCUUCACUCUCACCGAUUGCCAAUUUUCAUUGGGCUGACAUGAUGUGUGUGAGGAGUAUAAAUAGAAACAAAACAGAACAAAAAUAUGACGGAUAUGUUGGGUGGACUAGGUUUAGUUGCUUGUUGAUUGAAAAAAAAAAAUGUAAAAGGUUUGAAUUUGUUAUAGAUAUUUGGAUUUGCUAAAAGACUACGAUCCCAAUCCAUUGAAAAGGUUGGAAUGUGAAAAUUUCAGUUAAAUGUGUUAGAAACCCAAGAACCCGAAACCAAUACGAGAGCUAGAAAGAGCUGGAUUUUGAUAUUUUUAUUUGUUUUUAUUUUUAAUAUUUUGGUUGGUUAUGGUGGACAGAAAAUGGAAAGAAAAAAUAAAAAAUUUAAUGAAUAUAACAUUAUCCGAUUUGACUAUGAUUCAACAAUUCGGGCAAGUAUCCCAAGAACACAUCAGAAUGUUUCUGAAUGUUCCUCAAAAAAUCAGGAACAGUUCGCAUGGUGAAAAAACUUCCCCGAACUUUCUUAUUUGGUUUUUUAUACAUGAUAUUGAAUUUGGAUCUUGAUCUGGUCUUCACCACUUGAAACAAUGAGUUUUUAUCCACUUUGGAUUUACCUGUCAAUAUUGCUUCGAAUAGCUUCAUAUCCAGUUUUUUCCUCCUCGUUGAGAGAUCUUCCAGAUCAAAUAUUUCCAAUCUCUCCUCAUAAUUUUUGUAGUCUCGGUCAGAUUUGGCAAUAAAUCUACCAUUGAUUUUUUGUCAGAAAAUAUUUGUAAUAAUUUUUUUUUGACUUUAAUCACCCUCAACUUUUCCACGUCAUAACUUUUUUCUCAGAUAAUUUCUAAUAACUCAAAAUUAUCCAUUUUCCAGCGCGAAUCUCUUUGUAUAUCAAUCUAUUCAUUUGGUCUAACUUUUGAAGAAUAUCUAAAAAUCCAUUUUCUUCAUCCACAUCCAAAUCGUCGUCCACUUUCUGAACAAAUUCUUCUAUUUGAUCGAAAUUUCGGGAUCACAUUAGAUUCUCGAAAUACGGAAAAACUUGAGAAUAUUAUGGCAUUGGCUAUCAUUCAAUUGGAAACAGCCUUAGUUACUCCAAGUCGAGUUAAAGUCAAAAAUUUGAAAAUGAUUGAUGAUGUUUUUAAUCGAAUGCAAGCGACUGGAUUAUUGAAAGCUUUUAAUACAACUUAUGCUGAUGCACAAGAUUGGGAAUUUAAGAAACAAUUGGUGAGUGAUUUAUAAGGCAUCGUAAACUAAUUUGUCUCCCAAAAAUUCAAUUUUUCUAGUGCGGUGAGGAUUUGGAAGAACGUCUCAAAAUCUACGGUCUCAAUAGUUCAUUUUUCUUUGUCACAAGUCUUUUGGAUAUUUCAAUGAUGAUGAAAGAACAACAACAAAAACAAAAGAAUGAACAAAUGGGAAAUCAGAGAAAUACGAUAUUUCUUCAAAAUGAAGUAAAACCAUUUGAACAAUGAAAUCAUUCGGGUUGAUUUUUUAAUUUUCUUUUUUUAACAUUUCAAAUUUUUUAUGUUUUUUUUUCUUUAAAAUAAAAUAAAUUUUUGAUGAUAAACGAAAAAGUCGUAAAAAACAUUUUGUGACACUUUUUUUGAUAUCAAAAGUUCCGCCCCAGAAUUUCAUUUCUAUUUUUUUUCAUGAAAAAAGGGAUGAAAUGGAUUACAGCCAAAUAUAUUGUGCAAUAGUUUUCGCUUUUAUUUUUUUCAUUUUGUUUUUGAAGACAAUUUCGAAAAAGAGAAAAGAUGUGAAAAUUGUGGAAACCAAGAGAAAUCGGUAAGUUUUAGUUUGACUUUUUGUUUUCGAGCAUUUGAAAUAGAUCGCGAAAAGUUCUUUUUUAAUUUUAUUGUGAUAUUAUUUUAGAAAAAUCAAUUUUUACUUUUAGAUAAUGAUCGACACUUUUCUGAAAAAACUUAUCAAUUUUCAGAAACUUGUUUCAUCAUUGACAGACCUCGAAUUUUUUGAGUUUUUGAAUUCUUUGUUAUAUAACAAUAUCUGAUUCAUAUCCACAUGGUUUUUUCUGAAAAAAUGUUAAAUCCCAAUUUUUAGUUCCGAAUCUACACUCUCUACUGGAAAUUUCCACGAAUUUGAAACUUUACGACAUUUGUCAAUUUUACAACUCGAAAAAUACAAUGCUAAAUAUUGGAAAUUGACAGAUCGAUAUUGGCGCGAGAUUUUUAGAAGACAGUAAGAUAUUUUUCAAUAUUUUCAGACUUCCAAUUUUUUAAUCAAAUUUAAUUCAAGGAAUCAAAAUCAUCAUCCUGAUCAUAUAAAUGUUUCUCGCCUUCAAACUGCAAAUAUUCUGACAGCUUUAGACGAACAUUUACCGCCUGGAAAAAUGCACGAAGUUACGAUAACAGGUUGGUGGAAUUUUUCUCUCUCUAAAAUAUAUUCAAGUUUUUUUCAGGAUAUACUCCAAAACCAUUUCGAAAAUGCGAAAUAAUGCGAUAUCUUCGAGAUCGAAUUGCAAACCAAAAUUUCGAGUUGGUUCUUCAACCGAAAUUUGAGAAAAUUCGAAUACUACCUAUUUUGGAUUAA